GGCGGGCGUAGGCUAGGAGUCCGGGUCAGAGUUUAGAGCUUUCAAAUUGCAACUUGCCUCUGGGGCUUGCGUGGCUGAUGUUUAAAUUGCCUAGUCAAGCGAACCGGCUCCCUCUUGCUUCAGCAAACCCUGACAGACGUCUCCUAUUUGACUUGAGGCGGCAUAGUGGCCAAGUCGAUUGGCCGUGGCAAGUGACCCUCCCUGUAGCUGAAGUGUUCUAAGGACUGGAGAGAGGGGCGCGCCAUGCUUGCCCCCUGCUCAGGUUGGGAGCUUGGCUGCCUCCGUCUCUGUCUCCGUCAGGUCCGAUUGUGGGCUGGCACUGGGCGCUGGGCUUCCUGGGCUUGCCAAGCCAGGCCGUACGGCUCAGGUCGGGGCAAGCCCUGGCCCGGAUCGGAGGCUGAGGUCCCUCCGCCUGGCCCGGCGCGCCGGACUCUAAAGGAGUGGACGCUGCAGGUGAGCCCGUUCGGUCGGCUGCGGGCGCGGCUCCCGUGCCACCUGGCCGUGAGGCCCUUGGACCCCCUCACCUACCCGGAUGGCGACCGCGUGCUGGUCGCGGUGUGUGGCGUGGAGGGCAGCGCGCGGGGCCUGGACGGCCUGCAGGUGAAGUACGACGAGGCUCUGGAGGAGAUGGCCAUUUUGUCUGACACUAUCGACCCCCAGGCGUUCGUGGAGGUGAACGCGCCCCUGAAGUUUGGUUUAGAUAUCAAGUCAUCAGGGUCUGGCUGUGUAAAAGUUCAAAGUAUUGAGUGUGAUAAUUGCAAAAUUGAAACAGAGCAUGGGACUAGCGUCUUGCAGUCUGUUAAGGGUCAAAAAUUGCAUGUUCAAACAAAAGGAGGCAAAGUGAUCUGUCUGGGAACAGUUUAUGGAAAUAUAGAUAUUCAUGCAUCAGAUAAAAGUGCUGUUACCAUAGAUAAACUGCAGGGAAGUUCUGUUACUAUAUCUACUGAAGAUGGUUUGCUGAAAGCCAAGUAUCUUUAUACAGAAUCAUCAUUUCUGUCUUCUGCUGCUGGGGAUAUUACAUUAGGAAGUGUUCAUGGUAAUAUAACAUUACAAAGCAAGAUGGGUAACAUCACAGUAGAUUCAUCUUCUGGAUGUCUAAAAGCCUCAGCUCAUCAGGGUGCUAUAGAUAUUUAUGUCAGUCAACUGGGGACAGUGGAAUUGAAAUCCCAUAAAGGUUCUAUUAUUGUCAAGGUUCCAUCUUCACUUGAAGCUCAUUUACAGUUAUCAGGGAAAGAGGUUGAUGUGAACUCAGAAGUCCAUAUUCAGGAAAUGACUGAAGCUCAUAAAGAUGAUGUUGUAACAGUGACUGGACUCAUGAAUCAAGCAAGCAAACGUGAAAAAUGGAUUAAGGCUGAUGCCCCAAAAGGCACUGAAUGGAGCAGAAGUCAUAUUCUUCUGAGCCAGGCCUCAAGAUGCCUUGCAGCUUCUGCCUUUAGCCCUUAGCCUCUUGGAGUGUAUUACUGCCCUUGAAGCAGCUCAGCUAGCUUGUUGGAGGAUGAGACCACAUGAAGCAGGAGGAAGCUGUCCCAGCUGGGUCCCCUAGGCCAACCAGCUCUAAGGGGAGUCAAGAGAUGACUGCUGCUGCUUGGGCAACCCUGGGGCCAACCACUAUCAGAAGAACCACGCAGCCAAAACCAGCCCAAAUUCCUGGCCCAUAAGAUUGUGAGAAAAUAAAACGUAGUUGUCUUAAGCCACCGAGUUUGAGAGUAACUGGUUACAUAGCAAUAGAUCAGCCAAUACCAUGUGCCAGAAAUCUCACCCUUUGUAAUAUAUAGUAAAAUAUGACCCAUUGAUCAUUUCUUUAACUUAUGACCAUUUUGAAACCUCUAAUUGAUUUUCCUUAUGGUCAUUUUAAAACCUCGAAGCUGAAAGAAUUUCCAAACAUGUUAGCCAGCUGCACUAAGAAAAUAAAGGUUGAAAAGGGUAGGGUUGUCAUGGGGAAUCCCAGAAGUAGCAAAUCUCUUACUCCUCUCCCAUUACAUUACAAGUCUGUGGAACUGGGAUAAAGUUACCUCACUAAAUCCUAUUUGCUCAAUACUCUAUACCUUUCCACUCCUAAUUUCCCCAUCUGUAAAAUGAGGGUAAUUUAAAACAGACAAAAAAUAGUAUUUACUCUCAUCUCCCAGUGUUUCAGUGGUCUGGAGACAUUUCUCCAAAUAAUAAACUUUUUGGGUAAAAUGUUUUACCAUAUUAGUAUAAGAGAAAUUCUGUGCAUGCCCUGGGGAUUUCUCCCAGCUCACAAGUUUGUGUAGCUUUAACUGAGCCUGGGGCCUUAGGGAAGAGCAGCCGGGCUUUGUGACCUGGCUCAAUCACCUUCUCAGAUGUAUUUCACCUGCAGGACAGUUCAAGUAACCUUGGGCACACCCCUUCUCUCCCUUUUGUAGAUCGUCAUUCUCAAGCAUAACUAUAGAAUGUGCUGGGAUGUAACAUCCUGAGACUGAGGAUAGGGGGUACUGACUGGAACAGCCAGGCUCUGUUCCAAUUCCCCCGAGAAACAGGACAUCUUUGUGCUUCAGCCCAGUGGGUCAAGUGAACCCCAGGUUAUAAAACCCAAGGUGGUCCACCUUCCAGAGUCCUUCAGCUGUGGUGCAAGUGGAACAUUUACAGUUGAGAUUUCAUCCAUCUUGAGCAGCUUUCCUGAGCCUUGGGAAACAGGCUCUCCAGGAAUCCUGUCUCACUAGACUCAGACAAGUUGGUAACCAGUGCACAGUGGACCUGCUUCACGUCACCUACGCUUUUAGGACAGAAAUGCAGUUCUAAAGCACUGGCCUGUUUUCACUUACCUUAUCCCUCUCAGAGGUGUAUUGCAGAGACAUUUUGUUCAGGGCUUCGCUUUAAUUUUUCUCAUUUCCCACCCCCUUUUCUUUCUAAUCAUUACUAACUCCUACUUCACAUCAGUCAUGAGGGUCAAAAGUGACAGUGUUAAUCACAGGGCCUAGUGCACUGCUGAGUGCUUUGAACUGGCCCCAGAACAACCAGCUUUUCCUCUGAUUUGCAGCUAUCUUUGUUUUCCUUGGCAUUUUAGUGUCGAGUAGGAUGAGGUCACAGUACUACUGACUGACCUUGAAGGUGAGGUAGUUGCAAGGAAAAGCUGGCCUUUCUGGGGAUGGAUAAGAUGACCAUUCAAAAUUCACCUGUGGACUUUUGGGAAACCUGGCACAGAAUGAUGAACCAGAUACCAACAUGUUUUACGGCUCAUCAAAAUUGACAUAAGUGGAAUAUGUUAGGCUGGACCACAGCCUUAUGAAUUCAGGGUGAGUUGAGGAGUAUUCAGAUUGGUCCAGAUGAUGGGCCCCACAUCUGAAUCAGGAUGCUCAUCUGACUCACAGUGUGACCAGAAUUAAUUCAGAUGGUAAAGCUAAACCUUUCUACUCCUUUAUAUCCGAGUUCUAAAAUAAUCGACUCCACUUUCUUCCUCUUUCUCCCUCUAAACUUUUGAUAUAGAGUGAUGCAUUUCAUGCAUAUUUGUUUAACAUCCCCCUUAGCUUCUGGGCUGCAAGACAAUAUCCAUGCACAGUUUACAGAAGGAAUUCCCUCAACCUUCAUAACAAAAAACAAAAAACCAAAGCAAGCAAACAAACAAAAUCCUCUGCCCUGUUUUCUGUUUGCACUGGAGCCUCUUCUUUUCUCAUUCUCCUACUUUCUGCUUUAGAGCCACUAAGAAACCCAGUCUCCAUCUGUGCCUGCUUCACAGCCAGAGCAGUUCUCAUUUCUCACUAAACCAUGUGUUGCCCAUAUGUCUGUGUGCUAUGAACGCAAGAAUCCUGGUGAACUAUCACUGUUUAAGCUGCAGAGAGUCAGUUGGUCAGUGCUGCUAGUGUUCUGGGUCCCUUGACCCAGCUCACUGAUAGAACCAGAUGAUGCUGACCAGAAAACCAUCUGGUUCCCAUAGUUCUAAACAAGUAUAUUAUUAAACAAAAAUAAUUUUUGCUGUGAACUUUUUGGCUUAGUUUUGUCAUGGUUUACCACAUCUUUUUCCCUGCCGCCUCCUCCUUUUUAUUGCAGUACAAUUAGCUAACCAUACAAACCAAACAACACAGAAGCUGAACUUCUAGAUUAAAUAAAGCAUAGGGCAUCUUGAGGGUUGAUGUGGAUGCUCUAGUAAACAAAAACCUUCAGUGUGCACAAUAGAAUAGAACAAGAUUGUUAAUAACCUUGUAAUUUCUGAGGAUUUUCAAAAAGAUUUCUUAGUUUUCUUCGUUCUUCAUAUUUUGCUAACUCCAAGUUUUUCCUGUUAAUUUGUGUUGAUCAGUAUCUUCCACUUUAGAGACCUUCCUCUUAUGUCUGGUAAUCCUUUUGUUCAUGAUUAAGAGUGGAGGACUAAAAACUAAUCGGAAGGUCUGAGUACAUGCAUCUCUAUUGUAAGCUUCAAUGAAGGAUGAUCUAGGUGGGUUAUUUGUUGGGAACCCCCCACCCAGCCGUCAGUUAUUUUAGGUCUUUCAUCUUGGGCUAGUCAGGGUUCCCAGAGAAGAGGCUACCAAUCUCCCACCUGGAGAAAAAGAUCUGGCCACCAAGUUCUUGAUGCUCAGUUGGAAAAAGUGCUUGAAUAUCUCUGCACUCAGCAUUCAGUCACUUAGUUAGCCUAGCAACCCUCUGUUUUACUAUCUCUAGAGUAGUGGGCAAUUAAAGAACAAUUUUGGCCCUCGCCUCCACCAGAGAACAUUUGGUAAGGUCUGGAGGGAUGGGAUCUUACGUGCUACUGACAUAUAGUGAGUAGAGGGCAGGCAUGCUAUUAAACAUGUACAGUGCACAGGAUACACACACACACCCCACUACAAAGCAUUAUCUUGUCCAAAAUAUCCAUAGUGUCAGGGAUGAAGAAACAGAAUUUAGGAAAUAAAUCUCCAAGCUUCUGUUUAGGGUGGGGAGAGACAGUUGCCCAGAUUUAUGGAGCAGAAGCUGGAAUAUAGAGAUCUAUCUACUUCUUAAGAAUCUCUAACUCAGUCAUCAUUAUUUUCAUCACCACUCUUAAGCCAGUUCCAAAGGUACACGGUGCUCCCAAGCUUGAAGAUUGUGGUGUAAAUCAGAUUUUUUUUUCCAGCUUUCUCUACUGUUGGCUUAGGAUUCAAAGCAGUUUCUGGUCUGCUAAAUUAGUCCAUCUAUUUUCAAGCUUCCAAAUUUUUGUUGCUCUUAUCUCCUCUCCUGUUUUCCUUAUCCAUGUAGGCCCUCACUCUUCAUGUCUAGUUUUGGUAGGGUUUCAAGAGGAACAAAAUUAUAUGUGUAUAUGCAGUCUACUAUUAUUAAUCCAGAACCCGAGAUCUCUAGUUUUUUACAUGGAGAUAUGCCCAUAGUAUAUUAAAAAGUAGGUUACAAUGUAUUUUGGAAAGUAUGAUUCUAUUUUUUUUAAAAAAGGCAAAACACAAACUUUCUAUAACUAUUUCUAAUCUCUUUGUGCACAGAAAAAAAAAUCUAGAAGAAUAAAAUACCAGCAAUGGUUAUGUCCAGGUGAUGAUAGGACAAUGGAUAUUUACUUUCUUCUUUAAGCUUUUAUAUGUAGAUCAAAUUUUUCAUAAUGAGUACUUCAUUUAUAUACAGAGGUUCAGAAAAAUUAUAAAACGCUUGAAAAUAACACAAAAGAUGAUGGUAUGUCCUUGGAGUGUCAACCUAGAACACUGUUUAACAGGCCUACCUGGAGAAUUCUGUAGGAAAUCAUGCCUUUGUUUGACAUACUAUUUACUGUUCACUAAGGCCCCAGCUCAAUGAAGUUACAUGUUAAUUGUUAUAUUUUUGUCCAGGAAAGAUGCAAAUUAUUUGUAUCUCGUAGAAACUGUAACCCCAAGGUUAUAGAUUUAAUAACUUGUAAGACAUUUUUAGAUCUAACCUAACACUCUUAAUCCAACAUUCUUUCAUCAGUUCCUAUAAAUACUAAGUUCAUUCAAAUGCUCUACGUACUGGCUUUGUCAUUUUGUUGGUCCUCUGAUUAGUGAAUUAAAGAAAUCUUUGACACAUGUU